AUUCUCCUAGAUGCUGCAGGCACAGAGGACAUUGCCCAGACUCUUUUUACCUCCCGGGGCUCUUAUACUAAAAAAAUGACCAAGCACAAGUACCGGAGAAGAAGGAAGUUGAGAGUUAGAGCCAAAAUGUUAUUCAAAAAAAGAAAAGCUAAUCCCUCUGAGUCUAUUCCAUCUAUUCUUCCUCCUUCCCCUCCUUCAUCUACAACUCUACCUCCACGUGAAAGGAUGAUAGAUGCCCCUCCCACAAACACAGGUUGUGGCCCAAACUGGCCAACAUUAGCCUGGAGCAUCACAUUUUCCAGCAUAAAAAAUCCAAUGAAAUUCCUAGCAAAGAAGGUGUGGUCUUUCUAUUCGUGUUGCCAGAGCAGGAUUACAAAGAAUUUAGAGAUGUUGAAAGACCAUCUAUUUCCAUCCCGUAUCUACUUCCGGGAACUGCUCCUGAUCAGACAGCAGGUUGACAAGCUGGAAAAUGAAUUCUCCAAGCUCCAGGAAGCACUGAAGAUCUCUCAGACCCCUGCCUCAGAGCAUUCAUCUUGCCUGGAUUGGCAUAAAACAUGUCACCUGAGGGCUCAACUGCCAGAGGACAUUGCUCAAACCCAAACCACUAUUAGAGAAUCAGUAUCUGUACUUCCGUCUGUGACACUGCAGCCUGUGGUUCUUCCUCCUCCUCCUCCUCCUCCUCCUCCUCCUCCUCCACCACCACCUCCACCUCCACCUCUGCCUCUGCCACUCCGCUCGGCACCUUUGUUGCUCAAAAAAUCUGAUCGUAACAAAACGCUUCAGGCUGCACCAUUAAAACAAGAUGUGCCCAUGCAUAUAACUGUUAAAGAUCUGCUCACUGUGAAGUUAAAGAAGACACAGAGUUCUAUUAAUAGCAGUAAGAGUCUGUCAUCACUGAAGGAACGAAAACCACUGGUUACAGUCUCUGAUCUUCAAAGUAUCUCCCUGAAACCUCAGUCCAAAUUUCCAUCAACUCAUGUCACAAAUGUGAUCAUCACUCCCAGCAAAGGCCAAAUGGAUCUAAGAAGACUUCUUAGGAAAGUUGACAUAGAUAGGAGCCCAGGAGGAACCCCUCUUAUCAAUAAAGAAAAUAUGGAAAAUGGAACAGGAUUGACCCCAAUCAUGACCAAGGCCUUAAAGAGAAAGUUUCAGCUAGCUCAUCCAAAGAGCCCAUCCCAAGCUCCAUUACGUUCUGCAAACAGCUUUGAUGAGCAAAAUUGAUCUCAAUGAUGGAUAAUGUUGAAGAUGAAUAUUAAAUAGAUGUGAUCAAAUAAUCAUUUUGAAGGAUUCCAGAAACUCAUAAUUCAUCUACUGUGUAUCUACACAGCAAAAAGUAUAAAUCCAAAUGUUGUCCACUUGUUUUAAUUGGUAAACAUGUCCAAAUAAGAUAUUGGUUGUCUAGAUGAUCAAGCUUAACUAAAUAUCUGUCACAUCCUUUCUCUAAUCUGGCAUGAUAGGUUAUUUUGAGUGAGUGACUUGGAUGCCAUUCAUUUGAAGAAUAGUCAUUUGUAAUUGGGACCUUUGCCACCCAACAAAUAAAUAGAUAAUAAGGUUUGCAGCCCUACCUAUCUGUAUUCAAACAAGUAAGAAAUGGGGGCCUGAUGGCCUUAAAAUGUAGAGAACACACUUUCCACUAUCUUUUGUGGCCAUUUCUAGCUCACCAUCAUGCCCUCGCAGUCUCUUUUCAUAUUCCAUAUUCAAGAAGCCAAAGUUAACUUUCACUGAUGGUGCUAAUAGGGACCAUGCUUCUUCUGCUGUGCUUCCACUCAAGGGCUGCAUGAGAUCUAUAGCUGGCUCUAGACACAAGGUGCUCUUUCCUCUGCUUCUAACUAUAGAGCAGAAGGAGCUGUUAUUAAGCCAAAACCAGGUCUGGGGCUAUUUAAGAAAUUCAUCUGCUACCCUAAGAAUGAGGACAGCAGUCAAUGAAUCAAUGAGGACCAGGGGGGUAGGAACCACAGCGUUACAAAACCUCAGUAAGCUUACUGUCUUUCUGGGAAAAGCUGAAAUGUGAGACAAAUAUAGGAUGCUUGGAAAGUUCCUAAGCCAAAAAUCUAGUUUAGGGAGUUUCCUAAAAUAUCUAGUAAUAUUCAAACCUUGGUCAAAGUACAAUGGCCCUAGAAAAUCCCCAUAUGAGCUCUGAGGCUGUCUAUUUAACCUAGGCCCUUUCUAGACAAUCAUAUUUUUGAGAUACACAUGCAGGUGUCUUAAAACUCACAAUGGAUAAAUACAGAAGUGACAGUAAGACACGUGUAAAAAACGAAAUGUAGAUUAAAAAAACAAAACCCAUUGGCUACUCUGGUAAAAGUCAAGAACUAAGGGAAUGCUCAUAGAGAAAACAGUUCAUUUCUUAUUGCAAAAUGGUGUUUAACAAGGCAUAAAUGAAGUUUACGAUAGCUCUACUAUGUACUGUAUUCAUUUUACAGAUAACUUGAUAAUUCACAAAGGAUGAAUACUGUUGUACCUCUUUAGUUACCAAACAAAUGAACAAAUUCUAUCAUAGGUAUUCAGAGGGAAGGUUCUAUAUGCAUCUGAUAACUAUAUAAGUGUAUGCAAAUACAUAGAUUUAUAAAGCUGCUACUGCCAUCAUACCAGUAUUAAGAUAUAUUACAUACUCCCCAGGUUUACUUUUCAGCCUUUACUAAACACUUAUCACAGCUUGCUUUGUAUUUUUCAUAAUUCUGUAAACCUAGGGUUCCUUAAAACCACUGUGUACUGUAUGUCUUGUUAUUAAGAUUGAGUGAUAAUAAAAUCAGCCCAACAAUCCUGGGGCCACUUAGCUGUGUUUUAACAAUAAAAAUUUUAUUAUAAA